CCCGAUUUUCCAACGAUACGAAAUUCAGAUAAUUGUGGCAACUCCAUCAAGAAAUGACAGAAAUCGCCGAUUACUCUUUCCUGCAGAAGAAGUUUAUCACAAUAAUAUCAUCAUGACUUAGAUCUCAACACAGGCGCGUCCAAUUCCCUCGAGUGUCUUGAUCAAGUCAGUAUGUUGGACGAUAACGAUAACGACCAACCCUCGGCAGUGGCCGAGGGAUACUCUCUACUGAAGCCUAGCAGCACUCUGCCUUCUCAUCCAAACCCGUCUUUGGCGUCGUUCCAGUCGGAUACGACCACUCAAAAGCACGCUUCUGUUCCGAGUCGUAUGUGGAGAAAAUGGGAACGGUAUUGGCGCGAUGGAUGGCACACUGAAUACUGGAGCUGCUCGCUGGCUAUCGUUUCGCUCGUCCUCAUGUCCUGGAUACUCAAAAGCUACGAACACGAACGACUUCCAGAAUGGCCACUACAUAUAACGAUCAACUCGAUCAUUGCGCUAUUGACAGCUUUCCUCAAAGCGGGCCUCGCUUUACCGCUUUCUGAAGCAAUCAGUCAAUUGAAAUGGGAGCUCUUUCAACAUUGUCCACAACCCCUCAUCACUAUGGACGACUUUGACUCUGCUAGUCGUGGUCCUUGGGGCUCUUUACAACUUAUUUUCAGAGUUGAGAAAGAUUACCUUCCCAAGGAUGCGAACCUAUGGCGGAGAAUCCUUUAUCCUGUUUUCAGAUGGCGUCUGCGAAACUACCGAGUCUAUCUUGCUAAGCUAGCUGCCUUCCUACUCAUCAUCACUUUCUUGUCAGACCCUUUCUCCCAGCAGAUUGUACGAUUUGUGCAAUGUCCAGAAUCAAGGGAUGACCUCGAUGCGAACAUCUCCAAAACUAACUACUACAAUGCUGCGGGUCCACAUACCGGCGCAAUCAAAAACGAAAUCGAUGGACCAAUGAAUGGCGCAAUCAACAGGGCCUUGAAUGACCCUCCUGCAAAUGCAUCGUCCGUGGUAUCAACCAAUUGUCGUUCCGGAAACUGUACCUACCCUCUGUUCUCGACUGUUGGAGUUUGUCAUAAAGUUGAAAGUAUACCCGAAGAGAUAAGGGUCAAUCUUCUCGAAUCUACAAGCGGACAGCCUUACCCAGGUCCAACUCGCAAUGUUACAUUGCUCACAAAUGGUAUGUGGGUAGCAAAUUACACUGGAUAUACUGUUGCACCCAUAUGCAAGACUCAGACAUCCUCAUCGAUGGGGGACGGGACCCUGCUAAGUCUUAAGAUGUUGAUGGAUUGGACAACACCAGUCCGGGAUUAUGACAAAGAUACCACCGAAGAGGAUCCAAAUGGGCUCCUUGCCUUCAAUCUCGAGAUAUUUCCAUGUAUUCGUACUUACCAAUCGUCAAUAACCAAUUUCAUACUUGACGAAAAGCUCAUUGCCACAACGCAAAUAGGUCUCAGCCGCAGACCGGGAUUUUUCGGGUUUCUUUUGGGAACAAGUCAAACGUUGCGUAAUGGAAAAUGGGAAAAGUGCCUUUCGAGCCAAACACCAGGACCAGGGCUAGAAGAGAUAGUCGAAGCAGACAUUGAUGCCGCUCCUACCGGGGAACCGGUCCCAGAAUCCCCGACGAUAUUCUACCCACAAGACUGUAUCUGGAAAUUUGCACAGAGUUCUUUGUUCGCUAUUCACGACGCACUUGACGACGCCAUAGGCCAUCUAGAAUUAGACCUAGACACCAAUUACUACAUCCCAGUCGGUUCAGUGGCUGCUAAAUCGAUAUGCGGAGUGGGGGUUGAGAAGAGUUCAAAAAGUGUGGACAACUUUUUGCAAAAUCUCACGGAUGUCAUGACUGCCACUAUUCGAAGGCGCGGGAGUGGAGGUGCAGCAGAAUACGUACAAGGGAUUACCACUGUGCAAUCCACAUGUAUUGAGAUUCGAUGGGCUUGGUUCACCUAUCCAGUUGUUUUGGUGCUUCUUACGACAAGCUUCUUCCUCUUGGUCACUCUUAAGAGCCACAAUGGGCAGAAAAGCAUAUGGAAGUCAUCGAGUCUGGCCGUUUUGUUCUGUUCCCUAGAUGAAACAAUGCGGGAAAGGACGCGGUCUGCCUGGGGAAGAGAUGAUAUAUUCCAGUAUGCAGAAGAAACGCAAGCUCAGCUUGUGUCUGAUAGUGAGGGAAAGGCAGUGUUCAACUGA